AUGGCAGAUCAUAAUUCUGAUGAAGGUGUGAGUAGAACUAAUGUUGCUAUUGGAAGCUUCGAAUCAACAGGCAUGACAGAUCAACAUUCUGAUGAACGUGUGAGUAGAGAUGAUGAUGAUGUUGAAAGAUUUGAAACAAUAGAUAUGGAAAGCUCUGAUGAAGGUGUAAGUAGAACCAAUGUUGUUGUUGGAAGUUCGGAAUCACCAGGUGUGGCAAAGCAACAUUCUGAUAAAGGUUUGAGCACAUCUAAUGUUGCUGUUAGAAGUCCUCAAUUGACUGGUGGGGCAGAUCAACAUUCUGAUGCAGGUUUGAGUAUAGCUGAUGUUGCUGUUGAAAGUUUGAAAUUAAUAGGUACCGCAGAUAAACAUCCAGAUGAACCUGCAACUACAAAUGUUGAAAAUUCUGAAUCAACGGUGGAGAUUAAUAUCAAGACACUAGAUUCACAGUUACACAGCUUUAAUGUUGACAAAAACAUGCCAGUUUCAAUGUUCAAGGAAAAAAUAGCUCGUGAACUCGACCUUCCAGUGGAACAGCAACGACUGAUCUUUAGAGGCAAGGUCUUAAAAGAUGGUGACCUUCUUUCCGAAUAUCACGUUGAAAGUGGACAUACUCUGCAUCUAGUGGCUAGACAACCAUCCGAAUCACAAGCAGCAUCUGGCUCCCCUAAUGCAGAGACAACUGCAAGUAUUAGUAAUACAGGACAAGAUGCUAAUACUACUGGGACACGUUCUCCUGUUGUUGGGCAUGUUUCACAUAGCGUAGUUCUAGGGACAUUUGGUGUUGGGGAUCAAAAUGAAGGCGGCAAUCCAGAUAUAAGUCAUGUGAUUGGGGCCGUUCUGAAUUCUUUUGGAAUGGGGGGCCAGACCCCCAUGGGUGGUAUUGGUGGAGCACAACCAAAUAUGCAGUUCAGUAUUCCCGUGCAAGUUGCCCAAGGAAAUGAAACAGGAGCAAGUGUCAGCAAUCACGGUCAAUCAGGAAACCAGUCACAGCCUAGAAGUCCCAGUCAAUCUAUGCCUCAAGGGUUACAAAACCCCUUAGGAGCAGCAACAAUUGUACCUACGCUUGCUACGCCAAUUCCUGAUUCCCUAAACACACUUUCCGAGUUUAUUAACCGCAUGGAACAGGCAUUAUCACAGAAUGCGUAUCAGCCAAACCACCCUUCACUUAGUACAGAAGGCUUACCGGCUGUAGAAUUGCCUUCAAAUGGUCAUGGUUUGCUAUCACCAACAGCUUUGGCAGUUGUUCUGCGACGUACACAACGUCUUCUCAGCGGGCCCGCUAUUGAUUCUUUAUCUCAUACAGCAGGACGACUGGAGGAAGAGGAGCAUAUUACUAAUGUCACAGUGAGAACCCAGAUUCAGACAGAGGCCAUGCAGUCUGGGCUUGCAAUGCAACAUUUGGGUGCUCUUUUGCUAGAACUUGGUCGUACAAUGCUGACAUUGCGUAUUGGACGGUCUCAUGCUGAAUCUUCUGUAAACGCGGGGCCUGCUGUUUACAUAUCUCCAUUAGGUCCUAAUCCUAUAAUGGUUCAGCCCUUUCCUCUGCAAACUAACUCUCUAUUUGGUGGUAAUGCUACUGCUGUGGGGAAUCCUGGGGCUUUUGGUCCUAUUGGAGUUGGAGCUGUUCCAAGGCACCUUAACAUACAUAUCCAUGCUGGAGUAGGUCCAAGGGCAACUAAUAUUGAAACAAACCCAGGAGAACUUGCUAAUAGAAAUGCCGGAGGAAAUUCACAAACCAGAGGUGUUGGUGAUGACAUGAGAAGUAGAGAUUUUGUUGGCCAAGCAGAUGUCGUUCUUCCUGAGGUUCAAACAGAUACAGGAAAUGCCACUUCCAGUGGCACGAGAAUGAAAUCUCUAAGCGGAAUGGAAAGUGGUUCAUCCGAUUUGAAGAGCAAUACCCCUAGAAAUUCUUCAUCCAUUCCUCUUGGACUUGGCUCAGGAGGUUUACAACCUAAGAGACGACAUCGACAGACAAGAUCAGAGGCCGGUGGUAGUGGUUCUUCUACUUCAUAUACUCAUAAUGCUGCUAAUCAAAGCCUAACAUCUGCUGGUGGCCAAUUGGAUCCAGCUACCAUCAUGAACCAGGUUACGCAGAAUCCUGCAUUACAAGGUCUGUUGGCUGGUGUUUCAAAUCAACCUGGGUCUGGAUCUCCAGAUUUCUUUAGGAAUAUGAUGAGUCAACUAGCUCAAAAUCCUGCAAUGAUGAACACAAUCAAUCAGCUUGCUCAACAAAUGGAUGGUAAUCAAGAUAUGGCUAGCAUGCUUGCAGGGAUAGGAGGAUGCGGUGGUGGUGGUGGCGGCAGUGGCAAUCUUGAUAUGUCAAGUAUGGUUCAACAGAUGAUGCCAUUUGUUUCUCAAGCUCUCAAUCAAGGGAGUUCAAGUUCCAAUUUGCUUCAAUCUGUACCAUCUAGGAAAGGUACACUUCAUCGACGUUACAGUAGUGUCAAGAGUUUGAACGUUAACGAAAGAUCAAGUGAUCUUCAGAUGAACCUCGAAAAUGCGGCUCAAAAAAUCGAGGAGCAGUACCCAGCUCUAGAAAUCUUCUCAUCCAUCGCAGAAACUGCUGCUGCUUUAUAUGACAAUGUUUUUGACACAGGUGCUCUUGAUGAGUUAUGUUCGGACGAAGAGCUUGCUCAGAAGAGUGAAAAACGUUUUCCAGCCAAUGAGUGCUUACCGGCAUCAUUAACCACCGUGAUGGAGAAGCCUUUUGAUGCUUCGUGGUUCGCCCAAAUGGCAAUUAUUCCGAUGAAUGAUAUCAUAAUUAUACGAAAAGUGAUGCCAGAAACAUUGGUUGUGAUGUUACGAUACACUGGUUCAUGCUCCAUGGUGGUGGCAGUGGUAGUGGUAGUGGUAGUGGCAGUGGCAGUGGUAGCAGCGGGAGAGGGAACGGUUGCGGUGGCGGUGGCGGUGGCUAAGAGUGAUCGGAGGAGGCAAAAUACGAUUACCUUGGAUUUAGAAAGGGAAAAGAAAGAGCAACAAGGUCGGGAAAUGUCUACAGAAAAAUGCAUUGUUUGUGACGAAACUAUCGACUCCGAUGAAUUGCUAUCUAUUGGCAGAGUUUCGUAUCAUAACACAUGUUUCAAAUGCAGCCAAUGCCAUGGAACCCUUAUGAGAGAAGCAGGAGAUACAAUAUCAGAGGCAAAUGGGGACGAUGCUUCCGCUUCAAAUGCUCUUACUACCACCAGUCGAAGCCUUCCAUCCGCCGGUGGCCAAUUGGAUCUAGAUACAAUCUUGAAUCAGAGCCUUCCAUCUGACGGUGGCCAAUUGGAUCCGAAUACGAUCAUGAAUCAAUUGAUGCAGAAUUUGGCUGGAGUUUCAUAUCAAACCGAUUUCGAAUCCCAUGAUUUCUUGAGGAAUAUCUUGGAUCAGAUAACUCAAAACCCUCAAGUUAUGGAUGCGAUCAACCGACUUGGUCAACAGAUGGAUGGUAAUCAAGAUCUGGGUAGCAUGUUCGCAACCAUGAAUGGGUGCCAAGGUGGUGGCGACUUUGAUAUGUCGUUUAUGGUUCAACAGAUGAUGCCCUUUCUUUCUCAAGCUCUCCAUCGUGGGGGUUCAAGUUCAAAUUUACUUGAACACGAUCCGUCCUUGAAACAUGAACAUCAUCGUCGUUGUUACAGUGAUAGUGCAAGCCUCAACGGCUUACCAAUGGAUUGCCAGGCGAAUCUGAAAGAAGCAGCUCAGAAGAUCGAAGAAGAGAACUCAGCUGUAGAAGUGUUCUCAUGUAUGGUUGAAACUGCUGCUCUUUUGCAAGACAAUGUUCAUGAUAUAUACGGUCUUGCUGAAUUAUGUUCAGAAGAGGAACUCGCAGAGGAAUUCAUGGAGAUGUUGAAGCGUGAUGUUUGUAGACGACUCGGAAAGAGAUAUGUUCGAUGUAACACGGUUCCUUGACAUUUCUUUCCUUGUUUUUGGCCACAGAGUUCUUGUACUCGGUUCAAGAAUUAUACUUUGACAUUCAUCUACACUCCAACUUAUGUAG